GGAGCUACAAACAAGAGUCUCUCCCGAAUCACAUUACUUCUGUCAGUUUGUUUUCUCUGUUCUGCUCUACUCGUGAUUUUCGGCUUUCGAAGGUAUUCGUCUUUUCCGCCCCUUUCUCGUGCCAAGAUCAGUAGCUCUUUCUUUCGGAAGCGUGAGGACGAAGCAGUGGAGAACUAAAUGGCGGCGCCCAAGAACUUGGAGAAAAUGGCUUCCAUUGAUGCUCAAUUGAGACUUCUUGCACCGAGUAAGGUGUCGGAGGAUGAUAAGCUGGUGGAAUAUGAUGCUUUGUUGCUCGAUCGCUUUCUGGAUAUUCUUCAGGAUUUGCACGGGGAGGAUCUCAGAGAAACUGUUCAAGAGUGCUAUGAAUUCUCAGCCGAGUAUGAGAGGAAGCACGACCCUCGGAAAUUAGAGGAACUUGGGAAUGCCUUAACGAGUUUGGAUCCUGGGGAUUCUAUUGUUGUUGCAAAAUCCUUUUCCCAUAUGCUUAAUUUAGCCAAUUUGGCCGAGGAAGUUCAGAUUGCCUAUCGGAGGAGGAUAAAGUUAAAGAAAGGUGGCUUUGCUGAUGAGGCCAAUGCUACAACUGAGUCAGAUAUUGAAGAAACCUUCAAGAGGCUUCUGCAGUUGAACAAGUCUCCUCAAGAAGUAUUUGAUGCUUUAAAAAAUCAGACUGUGGAUUUGGUCUUUACAGCCCAUCCUACUCAGUCUGUCCGCAGAUCUUUGCUUCAAAAGCAUGCCAGGAUAAGAAAUUGCUUGACGCAGUUGUAUGCAAACGACAUUACUCCUGAUGACAAGCAGGAACUUGAUGAAGCUCUGCAACGGGAGAUUCAAGCUGCAUUUCGUACCGAUGAAAUCCGACGAACACCUCCAACACCACAAGAUGAGAUGAGAGCUGGAAUGAGCUACUUCCACGAGACAAUCUGGAAAGGUGUACCUAGAAGUAACAAGGGAUGUCUGCUUAUUGGCUAGAAUGAUGGCUGCUAACUUGUAUUUUUCCCAGAUAGAGGAUCUUAUGUUUGAGUUAUCUAUGUGGAGAUGCAGUAAUGAAUUACAGAGUCGGGCUGAAGAACUUCAUCGGUCCUCAAGAAAAGAUGCAAAGCACUACAUAGAGUUUUGGAAACAAAUUCCUCCAAAUGAGCCCUACCGUGUUAUUCUUGGGGAUGUACGAGACAAGUUAUAUAAUACACGUGAGCGUGCUCGUCACUUAUUAACCAGUGGAAUCUCUGAAAUUCCCGAAGAUUCUACUUUCACUGAUGUUGAGCAGUUCCUGGAGCCCCUCGAGCUCUGCUACAGGUCACUCUGCGCUUGUGGCGAUAGGUCAAUUGCUGAUGGGAGCCUUCUAGAUUUCUUACGGCAAGUUUCUACAUUUGGGCUUUCACUUGUCAGACUGGAUAUCCGACAAGAAUCAGAAAGGCACGCUGAUGUCAUUGAUGCUAUCACUAACUACUUGGACAUUGGUUCAUACAAAGAAUGGUCCGAAGAACAAAAACAAGAAUGGCUACUAUCCGAACUCAGUGGAAAACGCCCUCUUUUUGGUCCUGAUCUUCCAAAGACCGAAGAAAUUGCUGAUGUUCUGGACACCUUCAAUGUCAUUGCAGAGCUUCCUUCAGAUAACUUUGGUGCUUAUAUUAUCUCAAUGGCAACAGCUCCAUCUGACGUGCUUGCUGUUGAGCUUUUACAGCGUGAAAGUCAUGUGAGGAAGCCACUGAGGGUUGUCCCAUUAUUUGAAAAACUUGCUGAUCUUGAGGCUGCUCCUUCUGCUAUGGCUCGUCUCUUUUCAAUCGAUUGGUAUAGAAACCGCAUUGAUGGUAAGCAAGAAGUCAUGAUCGGGUACUCAGAUUCAGGAAAGGAUGCUGGUCGUCUCUCUGCUGCAUGGCAGCUUUAUAAGGCCCAAGAAGAACUCAUCAAUGUGGCUAAACAAUAUGGAGUUAAGCUUACAAUGUUUCAUGGCCGAGGAGGAACAGUUGGUAGGGGAGGGGGUCCUACCCACCUUGCUAUAUUAUCUCAGCCCCCUGAUACAAUCCACGGUUCACUACGUGUCACAGUUCAAGGCGAGGUCAUUGAACAAUCUUUUGGAGAAGAGCACUUGUGCUUUAGAACACUUCAGCGUUUUACUGCUGCAACGCUUGAACACGGCAUGAAUCCACCUAUUUCUCCAAAGCCAGAGUGGCGUGCUCUCAUGGAUGCUAUGGCAGUUGUUGCUACCGAAAAAUAUCGCUCCAUUGUUUUCCAGGAACCUCGUUUUGUUGAAUACUUCCGCCUCGCAACUCCAGAGUUAGAAUAUGGUCGAAUGAAUAUUGGAAGUCGUCCAUCAAAGAGGAAGCCRAGUGGAGGCAUCGAAUCACUGCGUGCAAUUCCAUGGAUCUUUGCUUGGACACAAACAAGGUUUCAUCUACCAGUUUGGCUUGGUUUUGGAGCAGCAUUUAAAUGUAUAAUUGAGAAGGAUGUGAAGAAUCUCCAUAUGCUGCAACAGAUGUACCGUCAGUGGCCUUUCUUUAGAGUCACUAUUGACUUAGUUGAAAUGGUGUUUGCCAAAGGAGACCCAGGAAUUGCUGCUCUGUAUGACAAGCUUCUCGUGUCAGAAGAUCUAUGGUCGUUCGGAGAGCGGUUGAGAGCUAACUAUGAAGAAACUAAGGACCUUCUCCUUCAGGUAGCUAAGCACAAGGAUCUUCUCGAAGGAGACCCUUACUUGAGGCAGCGACUCCGUCUUCGUGAUUCAUACAUAACCACCCUUAACGUUUGCCAAGCAUAUACAUUGAAGCGGAUCCGUGAUCCCAACUACAACGUGAAAGUCAGGCCUCACCUCUCAAAGGAAUACCUUGAAUCAAGCAAACCUGCUGCAGAACUUGUGAAGCUCAACCCGAAGAGCGAGUACGCACCUGGUUUGGAAGACACUCUUAUCCUAACGAUGAAGGGUAUCGCUGCCGGUAUGCAGAACACCGGUUAAAGAGGCAAUACCGUGUCGGUGCUACGUCUGCCCUUGUUUUUCUACAUGUAUAUUCGUUGUGCUGCUGAGCUCUUAUGCCAGCCUCUAAUUAGUCUCUUAGUCUCUUAGCCUUAGUCUUCGCAAUAACUUAUGCAACAAGAACUUCUGGUUUUGUUAUAGUUUAAAAUGUAUCUGAGUAUCAGUUUUUUUUUUUUCUUUUCCA